CACAAGUCUUAAAGUGGCCCAGUUUGGAGGCCUCUGGUUUACUGGUUCCAGUGUAGUCUGAAGCCCACCAGCAAUCAAGACGGCUGAGGCCAGAAAAGCUGCCGACUUCCCAGCUUGCCAGAGGGAGAAGACAAAUGCCGUCAAUAAAAUCUACCCGCUGCCAGCCGUAAGAGAGGAGUGGCCAAGCGUAAAUAUAUCCCUUGGUCAACUCAAGGGGUGGAUUGUGGGAGGGCUUACGAGGGUAGCUACAGGCUGGAUUAGACAUUAUAACGCAAAUGUGGCAGUAAAUUAACUGAUUGUUCUUUUAUUGUAUACCAGACUCUUUGUACAAAAACAAUAAGGAGGUGAGGAGAUGACGGUUGUUUUUCUCUGUUAGCUGCAUGCUACGUAAAUAAUCUUGCCGUACCGAUAACGAGGCCAAGGUUUUCCAAUUUGGGUUAAAGAUCAAGCGGAAAAAUGUGUUCCCAGAAAAUGCCCGGAGUUUGUCUGGUUGAUCCUGAGCCCCCGAAAGCCUCGGGACGACCCCUCUCGCCUCCCCGGCUUCUUUCCUUAGGUGCUGUGGGCGUCACGCUGGGCUGCUUUUACCGACUGAGUUGCCUCCUCUUCCUGCUGCCUUACUGGUAUAUCUUCUUCCUGGACAAAACCACUUGGAACAACCACUCCUAUCUCUACGGCCUCCUGGGCUUCCAGCUGCUGUUCAUGAAUGCGAAUCGCUAUUGGUCUAUUGAUGGUCUCUGGCAUCCACGGAAGAGAAAUGCUCACGUCCCUUUGUGGAACUACACCGUUCUUCGUACGCAGAUCUUCAUUGUUUAUUUCAUCGCGGGCAUCAAGAAGCUGGAUGCUGACUGGGUAGAGGGCUACUCCAUGGGCUCCCUUGGGAGGCAUUGGCUCUUCAGCCCUUUCAGGUUGUUGAUGUCCGAGGAACUGACCAGUUUAUUGGUGGUGCACGGUGGAGGGCUUGCGUUGGACCUGACGGCUGGCUUUCUGCUCUUCCUGGAUGCUACCCGUCCCUUUGCCCUUUUCUUCGUCUCCUACUUCCACUGCAUGAAUUCCCAAAUUUUCAAUAUUGGCAUGUUUUCUUACACCAUGCUGGCCACCAGCCCGCUCUUCUGCUACCCGGACUGGCCACGUCGACUGAUUGCCAGGCUGCCUGCCUGCUUCCAAAAGUUCCUGCCACUUACCAAGCCUCCGCAGCCGAGCCUGGAGUGCGUUUAUCUGGAAACGGAGCAACAAAGGCCCAGGGGAGCAGCUAGGAAAUUGGGGCUGCGGCAGAAGCUGGGUGCCAUUUUUACUAUUCUGUAUAUCAUGGAGCAGUUCUUCCUACCUUACUCACACUUCAUUACCAAGGGCUACAACAACUGGACAAACGGGCUCUAUGGCUACUCGUGGGACAUGAUGGUCCAUUCACGCUCCCACCAACACGUGAAGAUUACUUACCGUGAUGGUCGCACUGGGGAGAUCGGCUACCUGAACCCUGGGGUCUUCACACAGAGCCGGCGCUGGAAGGACCAUGCGGACAUGCUGAAGCAGUACGCCACUUGCCUCAGUCACCUGUUGAGCAACUACAACGUCUCGGAACCGGAGAUCUACUUUGAUGUUUGGGUUUCCAUCAACGAUCGUUUCCAGCAAAGGCUCUUCGACCCAAACACUGACAUUGUCCGAGCCCCCUGGUCCCCCUUCCAGAAGACCCCGUGGUUGAAGCCUCUUCUGAUUGAUUUGUCACCCUGGAGGACCAAAUUGAUAGAGAUUGAAAAGUCACUGGACAACCAGACCGAGGUUGUCUUCAUUGCAGAUUUCCCAGGGCUGCACCUGGAGAACUUUGUGAGCGAGGACCUGGGCAACACCAGCCUCCAUUUGCUGAAAGGGGAAGUCACGGUGGAGGUUGUCGCUUCGCAGAGGAAUUACACGCUGCAGGAGGGAGACAAGAUCCAGCUGCCAGCCGGGGAGUACCACAACGUCUUCACCAUCUCCCGGGAGCCCUCCUGCUACAUGUAUCUCUACGUCAACACGACCGAGGUGGCCCUGGAGCGGAAUUUCACCCAACUUCAGGAGUUGCGGGAGAAAGUUCGGAACGGGACUGAAACGGAGCCUCUCCCGCCAGAGCUGCAGCCCAUCUUGGCGGACUCUCUGGGAAACGCCACGCUGGCAGACCCGGUCGUGGAGGCUUUUCUCCAUCGGCAGCGGCGCAUGGAGGAGCGGCAGAGGCGGCGCAACGCCACGCUGGCCGAGCGGCUGCAGCGCUUCCUGAGCAAGAAGUACUUCGUCUUCCGCAGGAGCCUUCUGAUGACCAGCAUCUCCCUGCGGAACCUGGUGCUGGGCCGCCCCCCGCUCUCUCAGCUGGCCCAGGAGGUGGCCUACGCCAACAUGAAGGAGGCGGCCCAGGAGGAGGCGGCCCCCCCUGGGCCGGAGCGCUCGGACCUCUGAAAGCCGCCACUACCUCAACCACUGCCACCGUCACCACUAGCCAGGAAGGCCUUCACGGGGGGGGGGGGGGGGGGAGGGGCGCCGGCCGGGGGGGGGCCCGGGGGGGGUGGGG